AUGCACGAUCUUCUCCUACAUUCAACCCUGCUUACAGUCCUAUUCAUCUUAACACACCCAAUUCUCACAACCAUAAAUCCAAUUCCCCUAAUAAUAGGGUGAGGUAUACUUUACGCAAAAACUGCUGUACAACUGGCAUUCAAAGUCAGCCUUAUUCCCCUAACUAUCUUUAUAAACUAUGGGAUAGAAGCCUCCACAACCAACUUUACAUGAACCAACAUUGCCAACAUAGACAUCAACGUUAGCCUUGUCCUAGACAUGUACUCCCUCACAUUUAUCCCAAUCAGCCUCUUCGUUACAUGAUCUAUUCUUGAAUUUGCUAAUUGAUAUAUAUCACAAGACCCCCACAUAACCCGAUUCUUCAAAUACCUCUUAGUCUUUUUAUUAGCUAUACUAACACUUGUUACAGCCAAUAAUAUAUUCCAACUGUUUGUUGGAUGAGAAAGCGUAGGAAUCAUAUCCUUCAUAUUAAUCGGCUGAUGGUUUACCCGUCCAGACGCCAAUACCGCAGCCCUUCAAGCCAUUAUCUUCAAUCGUGUAGGUGAUAUUGGAUUAAUACUAGCCCUCGCCUGACUUGCAAUACACUUGGCAACCUGAAAUAUUCAAGAAAUAACAAUUGAAACUAAAACUCCCCCCCUUUUACCUCUUUUCGGCCUUAUUCUUGCCUCCGCAGGUAAAUCCGCGCAAUUUGGACUCCACCCCUGACUUCCAGCUGCCAUAGAAGGCCCAACCCCCGUUUCAGCCCUACUUCAUUCCAGCACAAUAGUCGUAGCCGGCAUCUUCCUACUCAUCCGACUCCAUCCAAUUUUACAAAACAACAAAACAGCCUUAACUAUCUGCCUUUGUCUAGGGGCACUCACUACACUAUUUACAGCUCUCUGUGCCCUAACACAAAAUGAUAUUAAAAAAAUUAUUGCCUUCUCAACCUCUAGUCAACUAGGCCUCAUAAUAGUAACCAUUGGCCUAAACCAACCACAACUUGCCUUUCUUCACAUCUCAACACAUGCCUUUUUCAAAGCUAUACUAUUCUUAUGUUCUGGUGCAAUUAUUCAUAAUCUUAACAACGAGCAAGACAUCCGAAAAAUAGGAGGUAUACAAAAAAUAUUGCCUACCACAGCCACCUGCCUUACAAUUGGUAAUCUUGCUUUAACAGGAACCCCUUUCUUAUCAGGCUUCUACUCAAAAGACACAAUCAUUGAAACUAUAAAUAACUCCCACCUAAACGCCUGAGCCCUAAUACUUACACUCUUUGCAACUAUAUUAACCGCCACCUACACCAUACGAAUAACCUUCUACGUCCAAAUAAGUUUACCACGAACAACAACAUCAACAAUAAAUGAUAUACCACCAACCCUCUCUAACCCACUUAUUCGUCUUGCCAUCGGAAGCCUUGUGGCAGGCCUAAUCCUUAUAAUUACCCUCCUCCCAACAAAACCAACUCCAACCACAAUACCAACUUCUAUAAAACUCACUGCUAUUAUUAUUACCAUCCUUGGAGCACUUUUUGCCCUUCAAAUUGCAAAAAAAACAACCUGACUUAUAAUCACAAAACGAUCAAAACACCAUGAAUUUUCUAAUCAACUAGGCUUCUUUAAUCCAACACUUCACCGCAUCAUUCCCUUAGCAUCUCUGUUUAUAGGACAAAACAUAGCCCUUCAUAUUAACGAUCUACUUUGAUUAGAAAAAUCAGGACCUAAAGGACUGGUUUCUUUAAAUCUUCCCAACAUCAAAGCCAACACAUUAGCACAGAAAGGCCUUAUGAAAUUCUAUCUUUACAUUUUCAUUAUUACUUCAGCA